ACUCUCCUUCCCCACCCUCCCCCAACUGUUGCCCAGUUACCGUGGGCUUGCCCCUCCACCAGAGUGACCCAGAAACAUCUACCAGAGAUGUUAUGUGGGUGGGUGUGACGGGGGCGUGGGUGUGGGUGUGGGUGAGAGUGGGCUGAUGAGAGGAUAGGUAAGUGGUUAGAUGGACCGGUGGAUAAGUAAGUGGAAGGUUGCAUGGAUCAAUGACGGGGGAGGUUGGGAAAUACAUGGGCAGAGGGAUGAAUAGGUGAUCAGAUGAAUAAAUGGGUAGAUGGAUAGAUCGGGGAUGUAAGUGGACAGAUGGAUGGCCAGGAGAAUGGAUGGAUGGGUGAGGAAGGGUGAAGAGUAGGUAAGUGAUGGGCAGGGCUAUGGAUGGACAGGUGGAUGGGUGCCGGAGGUACUUAAGGAUAGGGUGGCAAAUAGGGGGAUGGGGUGAACAUGCAAAUGGGUGAGCAAGUGGUUGGAUGAAGGGAAGGGUAGAGCACUGGCUUGUGUGGGUGGGACAAUGGAUGGGGAGCUGCAUGGUGGACAGGUGGAGGGAUGGAGAAACGGACGGAUCAGGAGCGUGAUUAGUGAGCAAACUGAGGCUUACGCGGGUGGGUAGAUUGGUUGAAAGGGGAAAGUUGGUCCCCCCCUUAGUGCUCGCACCACACCUUUAUUAAAAAUGGAGCUUCCCCUGUACACAGUGCCCAGUGCUGCUCUUCUCACAUCACUCCCUUUAAUGCUCCCCACCACACUAUCAAGUUGGGGUAACUCCAUCAGACAGCCGAGGAUACAACCCAAGGCACUUGCUAAAGGACACAGCAAGUCAGUAGCAAAGCUGGGGUUCGAACUCCUCCGUGGGCCAAGGCACUCGGUACCCAGUGUUCUGUGCCACCGGGGAGUCCUCUAGAGGAGGAGGUAUGAACUAAGGCUGCUGAAUGCGGAAGGAUGAGGCAGGCUGCCCCUCAGAGUGGGGACCCCCUGGGAGAGAACAUGGUAUGCCUGUCCCCAACCUGGGUUGCCCCCAUCCACACCCCCCCUUACCCCUUAUUUCACGUCUGAAACCAGGAUGGUGCUCCAGUCCCACAACAACAGUCUUGAUAGGAGCUGGGCUCUAAACCGUGCACCCACCCCCCGGAACAUCUUUGGGGACCUGGCCAUCUAGAGAAAUGCCCCCCCCAUCCGUCCCUCCAUCCACCCUCUUCUCCAGCCCUUCUCCAGCAUGGGGGCAGGGAGGGGACACAGCGCUGCAUCAUUCCACAUGGCACUGGGCACUGGGGCCAUUAACCGGACGACUCCCCAUCGAUCGGAUCUGCUAAGUGCUGCUGAUUCAGACGGGUGGGGGUGGGGGCCCCUGGGGGCAGAGGGGGUAGAAGCUGGGCAGGAAGGAGGUGGGGAGAACUGGCAGAGCUCCCUGCCACCCCCAUUUUCCAGAUGACGCGACUGAGGCCCAACCAGCUUUGUAGGAGGCGGAGUCUCCCCAGGGUCCCUCUCAGGCUGUCCUAGGGGAGGGGGCUCUGGGAGCCACGAGGCCCCUCCCUGCCUCUCUCUGUAGCUCCCGGCAAGCUCAGAGGGGCGGGGAGAGAGAGCCAGAGAAGGAGGAGAACUCAGGCAGCUCUGCAGAAGGGGGCAGGAGCUCCGGUGUUUGGUACCCCCAGCCCCAACGCUGUGGCCGCUGCUGCAGCGGGGACACAGGUGAGGACGGCCAUUUGGGGAGGGGGAGGGGGCCACCCACAGCGCUGUCCUUGUCCUUCCCUGCUCCAGCCCCCACUCCCUAGCCCAUCCUGGGAUAGUCCCCAGGGCUUCUGCUGGACCUCGUCCUUCCAGGGACCCAGCCCCCUCCCCCUGCCUGUCUGCGCUGCCUUCUCCUCUCCCGGGCCUGGCUGUGGCUGCUUCUCCUCUUCUGCCGCCGCUGCUUCCACUGCCCAGCACACACCGCCAGCCCCUCGGGGUGUGGUUUCCCCAGACCAGCCCCUAACGGUGGGACACAGCUUCGCCCCGGCCUCCCCCAUCCGCACACCGCCCCCCCCGCAAGGCCAGCCAACCUCCUCCUCCCCUGAGACACACCCAGCUCCCUUUAACAUCCCACCCCACCCUCCGACCCAUUUUGGGGGGACCCCCUCCUCUUAUCUUAGUCUUUAUCCAGCCUCUGGGUGCUCUGGGGUUGUGCCCAACUUCCAGCUGAGCCCCAAGGUGUUUCCUCAGGCCCCUUUCCUCCCCCCAGGAACUCCUGAGAGGGUGGACCAGACUUUCUCAGCAGCACCAUAUACCCCUCGCUCCCAGACACCUCUCAGGCUCUGAAAAAUAACCUAGCCCUAUAUCUAACCAUUCAGAUGCCCUACUCCCUUCUCCAGUCCCUCUAGGGGGCCCCACCUGGCCUGCCUUCCCCAGAACUCCUGUAGAGUGUAGACACCCCCCCUCAGGCUAUUCUUGGCUGCUCUAGGCACUCCCAAGACACCUCGCAGCCUCUUUACAACCUUCUGGUUCUAUAGCCACCUCUUCCGUGCACGAACCCCUUUCCUGGAUCCAUGAGGAAGCUCCAGUUCCCUAAUCUUUUCCCCAGAAGUCUUGAGGGUACAGACGACCCACCUCAGUUUUCUUGGCCCCUCUAGAACCCCCCCACACCUGGACACUCUUAGCCUAUUUUAAACACCUCUGGUCCCAUUUUCAUCUCUCUGGAUGCCCCAGUCCCUUCUCCACACCCACUAAGGGGUCCCCAGCCCCAUCUUCCCUCAGACCUCUUGAGAGUGUGGGCAACUCUCCCCUGUUUCUUGCCCCCUAGACACCCCAUACAUCUCCCAGGCACAUGCUGACCCCUCCAGAGCCCUCUCAGUCGCUCUAAACACUCCCUAGGCUACUUCUUGGCCCCUCCAGGAGCCCUUUUUCUGCUCCUUUCCAUGUCUCCUGGCUCCUCCUCGGUUGGUCCCUCAAGACAUUCCCCAAGUCCCCCCUGGAUCCUCUAAAUGCCCCCCAAGGCCCUACCCGUCUCUCUAGUUCCUCCUGGUUCCUCUCGGCCUCUGUAGACACCCCCAGUUUGCUUGUGCGAGUGGCCCAGGGCCUCUCCAAGCCCCCAGCAUCCUGGAGACAGCCACACUGUCCUAAAGGCCACCCUCCCCCGCCCCGAGUCUCCGUGGGCCUGGGGCGCGGCAGGAUGGCGGCCGGCGUGGCCACGUGGCUGCCCUUCGCGAGGGCCGCUGCGGUGGGCUGGUUGCCCCUGGCCCAGCAGCCCCUGCCCCCUGCGCCCGGGGUGAAGGCGUCUCGAGGGGAUGAGGUUCUGGUGGUGAACGUGAGCGGCCGGCGCUUCGAGACUUGGAAGAACACUCUGGACCGCUACCCAGACACCCUGCUAGGCAGUUCGGAGAAGGAAUUCUUCUAUGACGCGGACUCGGGCGAGUACUUCUUCGAUCGCGACCCCGACAUGUUCCGGCACGUCCUGAACUUCUACCGCACGGGCCGCCUGCACUGCCCGCGGCAGGAGUGCAUCCAGGCCUUCGACGAAGAGCUGGCUUUUUACGGUCUGGUGCCGGAGCUCGUGGGCGACUGCUGCCUCGAAGAGUACCGGGACCGCAAGAAAGAGAACGCCGAACGCCUGGCGGAGGACGAGGAGGCCGAGCAGGCGGGCGAUGGCCCUGCCCUGCCUGCCGGCAGCUCCUUGCGGCAGCGGCUCUGGCGGGCCUUCGAGAACCCGCACACGAGCACGGCGGCCCUCGUCUUCUACUACGUGACGGGCUUCUUCAUCGCCGUGUCGGUCAUUGCCAACGUGGUGGAGACCAUCCCGUGCCGCGGCCCCGCGCGGCGGCCCCCGAGGGAGCAGCCCUGUGGCGACCGCUUCCCCCUGGCCUUUUUCUGCAUGGACACGGCCUGCGUGCUCAUAUUCACGGGAGAGUACCUCCUGCGGCUCUUCGCUGCCCCCAGCCGGUGCCGCUUCCUGCGGAGUGUGAUGAGCCUUAUCGACGUGGUGGCCAUCCUGCCCUACUACAUCGGGCUUUUCGUGCCCAAGAACGAGGAUGUCUCGGGCGCCUUUGUCACCCUGCGUGUAUUCCGGGUGUUCCGCAUCUUCAAGUUCUCCAGGCACUCGCAGGGCUUGCGGAUUCUGGGCUACACACUCAAGAGCUGUGCCUCUGAGCUGGGCUUUCUCCUCUUUUCCCUUACCAUGGCCAUCAUCAUCUUCGCCACGGUCAUGUUUUAUGCUGAGAAGGGCACAAACAAGACCAACUUCACUAGCAUCCCUGCGGCCUUCUGGUAUACCAUUGUCACCAUGACCACCCUCGGCUAUGGAGACAUGGUGCCCAGCACCAUUGCUGGCAAGAUUUUCGGAUCCAUCUGCUCCCUCAGCGGUGUCCUGGUCAUUGCACUGCCUGUGCCGGUCAUCGUGUCCAACUUCAGCCGCAUCUACCACCAGAACCAGCGUGCUGACAAGCGCCGAGCACAGCAGAAGGUGCGCUUGGCAAGGAUCCGGUUGGCAAAGAGUGGUACCACCAAUGCCUUCCUACAGUACAAGCAGAACGGAGGCCUUGAGGACAGCAGCAGUGGGGAGGAACAGGCGUUGUGUGUCCGGAACCGUUCUGCUUUCGAGCAACAACAUCACCACCUCCUGCACUGUCUAGAGAAGACAACGUGCCAUGAGUUCACAGAUGAGCUAACCUUCAGCGAGGCUCUGGGUGCUGUCUCACUGGGGGGCCGCACCAGCCGCAGCACCUCCGUGUCCUCCCAGGCAGUGGGGCCUGGCAGCCUGCUGUCCUCCUGCUGUCCCCGCAGGGCAAAGCGCCGUGCCAUUCGCCUUGCCAACUCCACGGCCUCAGUCAGUCGUGGCAGCAUGCAGGAGCUGGACACAUUGGCAGGGCUGCGGAGAAGCCCUGCCCCUCAGAGCCGCUCAAGCCUCAAUGCCAAGCCCCACGACAGCCUCGACCUGAACUGCGACAGCCGGGACUUCGUGGCUGCCAUCAUCAGUAUCCCUACCCCUCCUGCCAACACCCCAGAUGAGAGCCAACCUUCCUCCCCUGGUGGUGGCGGUGGGGCCAGCAGCAACCUCAGGAACUCCAGCCUGGGCACCCCUUGCCUCCUCCCGGAGACUGUCAAGAUCUCUUCCCUGUGAGCGGUGGGUCCGCCCGUCCAGAGGGCCCUCUCGAUUCUUGGGGACUCCUUUCCAAAGCCAUAUUUUGGGGAGGCAGGGAGGGACAGGCCUGGGGACCCCUUCUGCCCCUCCUCCCCCCACUGAGAACUAUGCAAUGGAGUUUGAUGGAACAGCUCACCUAAUGGGGAAGCAGCCAGGGAAGGGGAAACUUUCCCCACCCCCGAUAGUUUGUCCUGGGGGGUGCUGAAGUGCUGGGCUUCCUCAGGCCCCCCGGCCUCCUUGCUCCAGCACACUGGGGCUGGCCUCUCUCCCCUCGCUGGUCUCCUGCAUGCUUCUCCUGUUGGGCCUCUGGGGCUCCCACCUGACAUCUCAGCUCUGGCCUGAGAAGGAGAGAUGAGGUUCCCUCUUCUCUCUGGCUGGGCUGUGGAGGUUUGGGGGUUCAGAGAAGAGAACCUUCACCUUGGAGCUGGCCUCUAGGAGUUUUCCCCACCUUCCACUGAGCCCAACAGCUCCCUGAUUCUGAAGCUUGGAAUGCAACCACAGGCUUCCUGGGCUGUGGCCUCAGCAGUUACCUGCCACCCCCCGCCUUGGCUCAGGGGUCAGGCUACCUCUCCCAAUAUACACAGAUAGCACAAACACCACUCCCCUUUCCUGGCUGCUGGAAAUGGGUCCCUGCAACCCCGUCCUGUGCUGGGCCCCCAGCAAACUCUAGCAAUAGCAGCUGCUGCCGUGAUGUUUUGCAAAGGCUCUGCCCAGGCUGCUGCAGUAUUUACAUCUGCCCUAACCAGGGGGGGCCACCUCCAACCCCUCCGCCCCCUUCUCCCCUGGUUUGCUUCCUUCUUGGGUUGGGCUGGAGUCUGGACUGGCUGAGAUAAGAGCCUAGCAGCCAGUGAGAGCUGGGCUGUGUUUGGAGAUCAUAGAUGAUUCCAAGUUCUUGGGCAGGAGUCCAGAAGUGUCGGGGCUGGGGCCUGGGUUGUUCCUAAACUCUGAGAGUUGUAGGGGGCAGGAGGAACUUCUUGAUCUCUUCCUCCUCCUCCCCCGCAAAGCCUUUUCACAUAUUCCUCUCUCUUUUCCCUCUUGGGUCACCUUCCAGAACUCUGUGUCUGCUCUCAGGCUGAAAUCUGGCAUCAUCUCAGGUUCCCUGUCCCCAGCACUGUCCCCGUGGAGCUGGUGGCUGACAAAGAUGUAGUUUCCAUCAGUCAAUAAAACCUGAGAGGAGAGAUGAGGAUGAAUACCUCCUGGCUCUGUGAAUUUGGAGGCUGGGUCGGGCUGGGGGGGGGGUGUGUGUGGAAUGUUCACUGGUUUCAAUUCCUUUCAACCGGAGAAGGG